AAUGCCCGCAAUUGACGAAUUUCGAUUUUCCCGGUAGCCGCCCGGGGGGCCUACCGCAAAAAUCGAAGUUCGUCAAUUGCGGGCAUUUUUCUUUGUCACUCUAAUUUGGUCCUAGUGAGAGUAAAAGAGAAAGAUCCCCGCAAUUUGCGAAUUUCGGUUUUUGCGGUAGGCCCCCUGAUUCUUACUGAUUGACAAAUUGCGUUUACCUUAUAUUGUAUGUCUAUGCGUUUACCGGACUAGUCCACAGACCACUUGUUGCCUCGAACGAUAUGUCGUUUGACAUACUUUGACAGUUAAAGAAAAAAGGAAAUAGCUGUAAACAAACAAUGGAUGGAUGUUCAGUUAGAAAUUAAUUCGUUAACAUAUAUCAUGAGACGGUUACCUCUUUGCAAAAUCGUAGUUUUACUGGGUUUUAGUUUUAUGAUAAUUUAUUUAUACUCUUGGAUUAGUAAUGAUGAUGUGAAGAACUUUGUAUAUAGAUCUCGGGGUACAACGAACACUAAGUUAUUAACGCUAAAACCUCAAAGUACUGUACCUCAGAAGACUACCAUAAACAGAAUCGUUUUGUCGUUCGUCGUGUGUGACUCAAGAUUCAACGAAUCCCUGAAUGUUGUUAAAUCAGUGUUACUGUUUACCAAGACCCCCGUACACUUCGUCAUAUUCACAGACGACAAUCUUAAAUUGAAAUUUAAUGACACUCUUAGCAACUGGAGAGUGCUAACCGACUACCAGCUUGAUUUUGAGCUGCACAGCAUUAACUUCCCUGAGGAUCAUGUUGAUGAUUGGAUGAACUUAUUCAGCAAAUGUGCUGCACAACGAUUAUUUAUUCCGAAACUGAUCACCCACAUUGAUGCCAUGAUCUAUGUUGACACUGACACCCUGUUCCUGGGCCCCGCUGAUGAGUUGUGGCGAAAGUUCUCCCUGUUCAACAUCUCCCAAAUAUCUGCCAUGGCCCUGGAAAAUGACAAUCCAAAUGUAUCUUGGUACCCUAGAUUUGCCAAGCAUCCAUUUUAUGGGAAGUAUGGGCUAAAUUCAGGUGUGAUGUUAAUGAAUUUGACAAGAAUGAGAGACUUUGGUUGGGUUGACUAUGUCACCCCAAUCAUGCUUAAAUGGAAAUUGUACAUACCAUGGGGAGAUCAGGAUAUAAUAAACGUGAUAUUCCACUACCACCCCCGCGCCGUGCUCGAGCUCUCGUGCCGCUACAACUACCGCACGGACCAGUGCAUGUACGGCGACGCGUGCCCCGACGCUACCACCAACGGCGUGUUCCUCCUGCACGGCAGCAGGAAGGCCUUCCACGCGCACAAGCAGCCCGCUUUUGAGGCAGUAUACCGAGCCAUCGAGGAGUGGCCUGUCGGCUCGGACCCCACCGACUUACCGGCCGUACUCGAGCGCUACUUCACGGAGGCGCCUUCCUCGCUCUGCGGCAACCUCAAGGACGCCUUCCUGAAGAUCCCCACGGCCACAAUAACCAGGCUGCAUAGGAAACCCGACAGGUAGCGACUUCAUCUUACGAAGUUGAAGAGCGAAGGGACCAUUACAAUGAGGUGAAUAACUAGAAUUAAGGUUGGUGAUCGGAGGUAAGGUUAGAAAAUGAUCUUUAGAAGUUAUCAUUAAUUCUACAGUUUUUAUUUUAAUAUGACUGGAUUUAAUCCGUAACUUUGUGUCUGCAAAUACAGGACAAUCUCACUAAUCUGGCACUAAUCGAUAUUUUUUUAGUAUGUUGAAGCAAUACACUAUAUUCAUAAACUAAAUACAAAGGAAAUUGUACUGUUAUCUGGAUUUUAGGCAUUUAUAAAAAUAUUCAAGAGUGAUAAUGUAACCGCACAUAGUAAAUUUGGGCGUAGAAGGACCACGUGCAUCCCUAUUUUAGUGCCGGAUUAUUGAAAUUUCACUGUAAAUUACCUAUUACAUUCCUUUGACUAUCGGAGGAAAUGUACCAUUGCGUAAACUUACCUUUUUUCGUGCGUUAUAAAUAUUGUAAGGAUAUAAUGACGUGAUUGGACCCGAUUGGUCAGCUAGUUUCCAACAAACAAAAUACAGGUAUCUUAGUUUAAUAAGAUAGUUUCAGCCGCUUAAGAUUAGAUUUAGAGUCACAUGAACCCACCGCCAAAAAUUGUAGAUUUAGUUGCUAAAAAUGGUAUAUAGAGUCCAAACAAGAUAAGUUGGCAGAGAUUCUGAUGGGUUAUUAAACGUCAGACUUCUAUGAAAUUAUGACGUUUACUUGACGCUUGCACCGUCUAGGCUAUUCAAAAUCGCUGCGAACUUAUCUAGGUCUGACUCUAGUAUAUACAAAGAAAAUAUAGCGAGUUUUGUAUAUGAAACUGCUACUCGCUUUGUAUUUAAAUUUAUAGCAACUGAAACUAAUCCCGUCAACUGGGAUGAAUAGGAACAGCUGGGGUAAAUAGGGACAUAAUCUAAAAUAUGAUUUACCUGACAAAAAUACCCACACAAAUUAUAUUAUACUGAAUCUACUGGUAUUUUCAAUAGAAUGAUAUAAUAAAUGUCUUAAGUUUAGACGACCGGUCUCUAAAAUAUGAUUUACCUGACAAAAAUACCCACACAAAUUAUAUUAUACUGAAUCUACUGGUAUUUUCAAUAGAAUGAUAUAAUAAAUGUCUUAAGUUUAGACGACCGGUCUGGCCUAGUGGGUAGUGACCCUACCUAUGAAGCCAAUGGUCCUAGUUUCGAAUCCCGGUGAGAGCCGACGUAGCUUUAUUUGACGUAUAUAAGUGCAUUGUAAUAUGCCUACUUGGAAAAUAAACUAUCUUUAUCUUUAAGGGCAUUUAUUUGUAUGAUGGGCACAGAUAUUUGUUACCGAGUCACAAAUGGGUGUUUUCUAUGUAUUUAAGUAUUUGUAUAUUAUAUAUAUCAUUGUCUGAGUACCCACAAGUCCCACAACACAAGCUUCCUUGAGCUUACCGUGGGAUUUAGUCAAUCUGUGUAAGAAUGUCCUAUAAUAUUAAAAAAAAACCGUUAUUUAUUAAGCAUACACUACUAUCCUUCCCUUGCCUCUAUAUUUACGAGAUAUGCAUUUUUGUAAAACUGAAUAUUGAACUAUUCACCUUCACAGGAGACAAAGAAACAACACGGUCACAUAGACGCUGAAGGUUAGCAUUGCCAACUACUAGCAAGUUAGUACUUCGGAAAAAAAAGCGCGUAUUGUAUGUGUAUUAAUAUAUUCAAUAAAAUACCAGCUGAAAUAAAGAUAUUGCCUAUUAAUGAAUUCUAAAAGACAUUGUAUAAAAUACUAAUUGACAAUUGUUUUUACAGUAUAAACGAAUUUUUAUUGCAUACGUUUUAAAUGUUAAUUGAUAUCUGAAAAUCUUUUAUAAUUAUUUCAUCCUAUUUUUUUUUUUUUUUUGUAAUUUUAAUAUUUUCAUGCUAUUGACUCCUCAUUAAAUUAUUUCUUAUUAGUUGAUGUUAAAUUAUAUUUAAUCAUAUAAAUAUAAUUUAUUUUAAUUGACCGAGUGAUCUAAUCAGGCGGGCCGUAUGCUUGUUUGCCACCGUCGUGGUAUAUAAAAAAAAACAAGUUAUCACUGACAACUGUUCACAUGUCUACAUGGACUGAAUAUAUCAUGGGACACAAUGCUUGUAAUUUAAGAUCUUAUGUUACCAUAUGUUCAUUGUGAAUAAACGAUUUCAUUUCAAAAGUGUAAGAUUUUUUUAAAGAAACUGUUAGGUAAAUCACAUUUUAAGUUUUGUCCCUAUUAAUCCCAGCUAGCCUUAUUCACCCCGGUUGACGGUAACAGAAAUUUCAUGUUAUUACAUAAUGUAAUUUCAGAAUGAGAGCUAAACUUCGAUUGUAUGGCGGCGCCAAGAUUCAUGUGACUCUUAAUUAAGUGAGCAGCUAAGGUAUUUAAAUGUAUUACAUUAAUCUGAGAAGAAAUUGAGUACUCAUAUUUUAGUGUUUGAUUUCCGUGUUUACGUUAGCUAAUAAAAGUUGUGUUUCGGAAAAAUGGACCUUAAUGUGGCCGUACAGUGAUUCUAUUUAUCAUUACUAUUAAUUACAAGUAAGAUACAUAUAGUUCACUUGUAAUAUAACAUAUAUUAUGAAACACUUUGCGACGUUUACUGCUCUAAGGUAGCCUUUUUCUGAGACACAAAUGUCACCAAUGUAUUAUAUUUAUACAAUUAAGAUUUAAAGUAUUUGAAAUGUUGCCUUAAUAUAAUAUCAUAGUAUUCACCAGGGCAGUGGUUCCCAAAGUUGACUGGGCUCCGACCCACCUAACAAAACCGGCCAAGUUCAGGACCCACCUAAUCAUUGCCUAAAAUCUGGCCUUACAUAGCUAUGGAGUACUGAAAGUAAGUAGUACUUUUAUAGCUUCAUCAAACAAGCAACUGCAUUUUGUUGUUGGCAUGUCGUCUAAUGUUACAAGGCCCACUCAAAUUUCGCUCGCGACCUACCAAUGGGUCGCGUCCCAUGGUUUGGGAACUGCUGCACUAGGGUAUUAUGUUAAAUUAAAUUCAUCCAUUGUUGUUACCAAGAGACCAACUGAUAUAUUACUGUGUAUAAGUUUACAUUUAUUUACUGUUAAUUGGCUUUAUCGUAGCAUAUGCAUAUAUUUAUAGACAACGAGCUGACCUCGGAAAAUGCUCUAGUUUUAUUGCUACGCUACGCUAUAGAUAUUAAGUACUUGAUCCGGGAAAUCUAGCAGCUAUUUAUUGAUGUAGGCCAGAGUAGCAAGCCAGCAAAGAGGUGGCACACAUUUUUCGAUUGCUCAUGAUUUUAUUUGGCGCUUGAAUGACACUGGCUUAACAUAUCAUUAAGAAAACAGCAGGUGGUACUUAUUUACUUUAUAAAAAUGUCUGGCAAUGUUAUACCUAUUCCAAUUGUACAAAACAAACUCAAUCAAACCAAGAACUCGCGAUUUUUUUUACUUCGGUGAUUUUAUAACCUCAGUUAUUUGUUGGCUUGUCACUCUGGCAUCCACCGAUGGACAGCUGCCAGAUUCGCGAAUCAAAACUAAAUUUAUUAGUAAACUAACUAGACCAGUUCCAUCGCUCUCAUUAUCAUAUAUGUAGGUAGGAGCUAGCUCUUAGUUCAUUAAUUAUUAGUUAAUGACGCACGGUUUAUAUUAAAUCUUGUCAGAAGUUUUCCAUUCUCAGAAAAUAUGUCUUCUAUCUGAUAAGUGAUAACCUCGACGGUAUAUGUACCUAAAUGUAAAGAGUAGUAAAUGGUUUGUAAUUAGACGCAACCGCAGACAUAUUCUGAGUACCGCCGAGAGCUUAUGAAAUGGAAAUUACAAGGGAGGUAUUGGAGUGGACGAAGCGCCAAUCACAAUUAGCGGACUGAUAGCGUCACUCAUUAGUGAACUAUGAUACAAUAAAAUUUAACGAAUGCUUUAACGGUGACAUACUGUUAAGCCAAACCAAACUCCAAACUCAAAAUUUAUUUCCUACAAUUAUGUAGGUGGUGUGUUGACGUGCCUAAAAUGCGCUCGGAAAUUUAGUAGGAAGGUUGGUUACGCGAGCCAUCUAAAAGUGCAGCAGAGAGUGGGACAGCUACACUCUGUUAACAGUAAUUAAAAAUGUCCACUCCAGAACACAGUCGCUGUGGCCGAAAUCGGUCAGGAGUCAUCAUCAUCAUACUGCUAAGUACAUCUGACCCUACACCGUGAUUAUCUUAACCCGUGGUCCUGGAAAUAGGUACCUGAUUUGAUCAACGAAAGGAUAAGAACCAAUUAAUUAGUCACUGGUCUAAAUUUUGCUGUAGCAAUUUUUAUUUGUUUUACUUCCGUAUACGUAUUGGCUAGUUAUCGCGGCGAAUAGAUUUCCACAUUAUUAUACAUAGGGGCUACUAUUCGGUAUCUAAGUGUUAACAUUUUAUCCAAAUUGAUUUUAAAAGUGGCACCUACUGAUAAAAAACGAGUUUCCGAUUUGGAUUGUCUUCUUAAAAGUCAUAUUUCACGCAAUUUUUUAGUCGUUAAAAUGCUAUUGGUUCGUAUCAUUCGGUUUCCAAUGAACCUUGGACCUAAAAAUGCAGAAAUUGAGCAAAUCAAGGAGAAAACGGACAUAUACUCAGAUACUCCCUUUUGUCUGCCGACGAUGCGAUUGAAAAGAGGAAGAAAGUAAAAUUUAUAGUCGUUCGAUUUGAAGCUGGCCCGAAGCGGCUAAUCUUUUGUCUAUUGUUAACUAAAACCGCGCGUGCUACUACCUGCAAAAAAAGGGUCGUAUAAUUCUUAUUGGCACCUGAGCGCGGGCUAGUCCAACGCUCAAAACACCAGUGUAGGUGUGCUCUCCGAUAACGCGCCUUUGUUAUGCAUAUCAAGGACACUUUUUAGACGGGUUCGGUAGCGUUCGACUCGCCGGCACUCAGUAACCGUAUAGGGACCACACAAGAAAUAGCAAAUUAUUUUUCCAUUUGUUCAUUUUGAAUCUUAUUUCAAUUACCAUAGGAGUUGUAAUUAAAUAACCGAUUAAAGUGAUAGUUAACAAUAGACAAAGGAUAAGCCGUUAGGGCCCAGCUACAAAUCUAACGACUAUACCCGGAGUCCGUUUCUAAUCUGUGUCGCUAAUCUUAAUCGCUACUUAAAUUCGGAGUUCCCAAGCCAAAAAUCAGAGUAGACUACUUAUCAUUUAUUAGAGGGCUCCGUUAAACCAACGGAAGUCGUACCUACUAAAUUAAUUUAAAUGAUACAUAAUAUUAAAGCCUUGAUCUAGUAUAGGGCAUGCAAAACUACAUAACAGUGAGAAUCUUCAUCCUAACAUUCAAAUAGACUUAAAAGUCACUUUUUCUCAAACAAGUCAUACCAGAGUAUGAGAUGAUACACUAGAAAAUAUGAGUACAUUCGUCUCUAUUUAAUCUAAAUCUAUAUUCCUUGCUAAGCCAACGUCAGAUAUUGCACGCAUGUUGUACAGGUAAACUAGUUGAGAUGUUAUACUACCUACAUCUAAAUAAUUACUAAGUUGUAUAAAGAACCAUAAAACAAGAAUAAAGAUGGAGGAUAGCGUGUUUUAUGAUUGUACAUUUGCGGUUAGUUACAUUAUACUUAUACCUUAUACUCGCUAUUUUUAUGGUGCGCAUUGCGCGUAAGAUAGAAAAAAUCUAAUAUAUUUUACGUUGAGUUGUAGAUUACUUGUCAUUUAAAGUAUUUAUAGGCUUAUUAAUCUAGGUAUUCUAGGUGAUGUUGCGUUUAGUUAAGACCUAUUUCAACAUAGUUAAUAUAUGUUUUUAAUAAAAUACUUUUUGGCACGAAAUAAAUUUACAAGCCAAGCAUCUUUAACACAAGCACUUAAGAUAAUCUUCAUGACAUUGUUUAUUGAAUUACAAACAAGACAUAUUUUUUUUAUUACUUUGCUAAAGUAAUUGCAAGGAGAAACAGAACUAGUGUGGUAACACAUCGUUAUUUGUACGUUUAGCCAUAAAGGUGUAUGGGUGUGAGCAUAAGUGUCUAUUCUUUACCUACAACAUUAAUUACAGUUCAGAUAUGUUACUUUAGAAUGACUAUAGUUUAUGUAUGUAUUAGUAUGCAUUAUUGGCCCGAGUGGCAGUUGUCACGUCCAUUAGCCUCUUAGGGCAGUUUCAGACUAGCGUUUUAUACAAGCGUGCUCAUACGCGCGUGUUAGAUCGUAUAGACCAAAUGUGGAAAUGUAACGCACAAAUGUAACAACGACAAAAGCAUCAAAAAUCCUUAGGUAUAUGUCAGGGGAAAUCCUGACGUAUGGCAACCCUGCUCGUUGAUAUAAUGUGUAAUAAAGUUGGCAUGGCUAAUUGGUAACUAGAGUCAAUAUGUAUAUACCAAUGUUGGCUAUGUAACAUAGCCUAUGUCACAUAUAAAGGUUUCAUUCCAUUUGCGAAGGAUUAAAUUAAGUUUUAAGCGAAAACAAUAUUUUCACCACGCCAGCUUGUAAAGGCUCUUUUAAGUCUCUUUGUACUUUAAAAAUUGAUUUUCAUAUUAAUUUUUCGUAUUAAUCGUACAUUGUCAGUGUUACAAUUCUAUAAGAAUGUUGCAAUUUAUUUGUAAUGUUUUUGUGUUCGACUCGGGAGCUAAAUUGGUUUAAACCCUCGUGCCUUGAAAUGAAACCCUCGCAACUCCCCAGAUUCCACUUUUGUGCCACUGGUUAAGCUCGUGGUUCAAUUUUGUUAUCUUUCCCUGUUGUUUUCCAUAUUGAUAUCUGAGAUCUCAAUACGAGUUAAACAACAACUUUUCUCCCUUGUAAAACAAUUAACUAUUUACUACUAAAUACAUAUUUUUUAAAUAUUUGCAUAUAUGAUUAGAUUCUCGUAUUCAGCUUUAAAUUACAUUAAUUAAGGUGCUGCUUGCUAUAGACAUCGAUGAGUUUAUCUCAAUUCAAUUCUUAACAUUGCAGACAAAAAACCAUGAUCUUAAUUCUUAAGACAAUGAUGUAUUUGAAUUUAUUAAGUUUUUACAUAAGGUAAGACGAAUAAACGAGCAUAGUUUAUUUUGUUCGGGGCAAGACAAACAGUAUGAGGACUUGAGUACUCCAUACAAGUUCUUGUCUUGUCCCGGUGAUAGUCUUACCCCACCUUACAUUUUUAUUAUAAGUAAAAACUCAUACUAUAGUAUGAAUUUUAGGAGAUUUUUUUUUAGCUUGGGCACUAAUUUGUUGAACAAAAGCCUUUGUUUCUUUUAUGCAGACCGGAGACGAAACCGAAAAAAUCUUCUCAUGAAAUUCAUAUAUGCUUUUGGCUAACCAGAUCAAAUAAUUAGUUAUGCUAAAUGCUUUCUGAGCUCUUAAAAAGUCCAUAAUGGAAAAAAUUAAGGACCACUAAGAGCUUUGAAAUAUUUGUAAAAAAAUAUAACCUAUUAAACUGUUAAAAUUACGAAAUGCUGCAAUAUGCUAGCCGUGUCCGAGUCUCUUUUAGCACAUUGUUUGAAAUCAUUAAGUACGUGUAUUCAUACCUAGAUAUGUAUAUAAUAUAGUUAUUAUUAGUAUUCUGUCUGCCUCAUUAUGUAUUUUUAUUUAUUGAAUGUCAUUUUUUACCUUUAUUUUAAUAAAGACAUGAAAUAAACAAAGA